AGGACUAUUAUAUGAAAUGCAUAUCAAUUAAUUAAGUAAUUCAGCAUCUUAGUUUGAAAUAGGUUUUAUUUCUUCUAUAUUUUUAAGCUGAAUGUUUAAAAGAAACUUACCAAUAUUAUGAAGCUUUAUAGCAUUAUAUUAAAGCUAUAUAAGUAAAUUAAUUUAGUAAAGAAUAUUUAAUAAAGAAUAUUUCUAUUAAUAGGGUAAAUUAUAAAUGUUAUAUCAAUUAGGAGAAUGUCUAUAAUAAAUAAUAAAAUAUCAAUAUAAGAUUAUUCUAAAGAUAUCAAGAUGCUAUUCAACUUUAUGAUUCAGUUUUAAAAAAAGAUCUCAAUCAUACUGAUUCUUAUGUGGGAAAAGGUAUCCAAUUAAUAUUUAUUAAUUUUAGCUAUAUGCUUAUUAUAUUUAGGACUCAAUGAUUAAGCAUUAAAUAAUGUACUAAAAUCAUUAGAUAUUAAAUAAAAUGGCUUUUUAGGAAUAUAUGCAAAAGGUAAUAAUUAUUUUUAUUUUAGGAUUAUAUUUAUAUAGUAUUGAAGAUUAUUAGGAAGCAAUGGAGUAUUUUGAAAAAGCAUUGAGUAUUUAUUCAUAAGAUUUAGAUUCUUUAUCUGGAAAAGGUAAAUUUAAUUUAAUGAAUUAUAGGUGAUUGCCUAAGAAUGAUGAAUUAAUAUGAAUAGGCACUUUUAUGGUAUGAGAAAGCGUUGAGUAUCAAAUCAAACCAUGUAGAUUCUUUAUAUGGAAAUGGUAAAUUAAAUUUAUUUAAUUAUAGGUCAUUGCCUAAGAAUGAUGGAUCAAUAUGAAUAGGCACUUUAAUAGUAUGAGUAAGCAUUGGGUAUCAAUUCAUAACAAGUAGAUUCUUUAUAUGGAAAAGGUAUAAUUUUACUAAUAUUUUAGCUUUUUGCUUAUUUAAAUUUGGUUAAUAUUAAAUAGCCUAUUCCUUGUUAGAAAAUGUUAAUACGAUAAUACCAAAUAACAAAAUAAUUGAAUAAUUGUUAGGUACUUUAAUCAUUAAAAGUAGAAUUUAGUUCCAAUAACCUAUGAAAAUCAUAUAAAAUACAAAAAUUGAGUUCAUAAAAUUAUAGUAUUCAUAUUUAUGUAAUUUAAUUUUACCAAUAUAGAAAAAUCUAUUUUAAAAGCAANAAACAUGUUUUAUCGCUUUGGAAAAUAGGUAGAUUUAGUUUUAUUUAUUAUUUAGGUGAUAUUUUAAGAUAAUAAAAAUCUUAUGAGGAAGCUAAGGACUAUUAUAUGAAAUGCAUAUCAAUUAAUUAAGUAAUUCAGCAUCUUAGUUUGAAAUAGGUUUUAUUUCUUCUAUAUUUUUAAGCUGAAUGUUUAAAAGAAACUUACCAAUAUUAUGAAGCUUUAUAGCAUUAUAUUAAAGCUAUAUAAGUAAAUUAAUUUAGUAAAGAAUAUUUAAUAAAGAAUAUUUCUAUUAAUAGGGUAAAUUAUAAAUGUUAUAUCAAUUAGGAGAAUGUCUAAGAUUAUUCUAAAGAUAUCAAGAUGCUAUUCAACUUUAUGAUUCAGUUUUAAAAAAAGAUCUCAAUCAUACUGAUUCUUAUGUGGGAAAAGGUAUCCAAUUAAUAUUUAUUAAUUUUAGCUAUAUGCUUAUUAUAUUUAGGACUCAAUGAUUAAGCAUUAAAUAAUGUACUAAAAUCAUUAGAUAUUAAAUAAAAUGGCUUUUUAGGAAUAUAUGCAAAAGGUAAUAAUUAUUUUUAUUUUAGGAUUAUAUUUAUAUAGUAUUGAAGAUUAUUAGGAAGCAAUGGAGUAUUUUGAAAAAGCAUUGAGUAUUUAUUCAUAAGAUUUAGAUUCUUUAUCUGGAAAAGGUAAAUUUAAUUUAAUGAAUUAUAGGUGAUUGCCUAAGAAUGAUGAAUUAAUAUGAAUAGGCACUUUUAUGGUAUGAGAAAGCGUUGAGUAUCAAAUCAAACCAUGUAGAUUCUUUAUAUGGAAAUGGUAAAUUAAAUUUAUUUAAUUAUAGGUCAUUGCCUAAGAAUGAUGGAUCAAUAUGAAUAGGCACUUUAAUAGUAUGAGUAAGCAUUGGGUAUCAAUUCAUAACAAGUAGAUUCUUUAUAUGGAAAAGGUAUAAUUUUACUAAUAUUUUAGCUUUUUGCUUAUUUAAAUUUGGUUAAUAUUAAAUAGCCUAUUCCUUGUUAGAAAAUGUUAAUACGAUAAUACCAAAUAACAAAAUAAUUGAAUAAUUGUUAGGUACUUUAAUCAUUAAAAGUAGAAUUUAGUUCCAAUAACCUAUGA